AUGGUGCCAGAGUGCAAUGCAGCGCUGGCGAAAUUCUCCAACAAGUGCACGUGGCGCAGCGCGGACGGCAUGCAGGCCCAGUGCGCGGCGGGGGAGCGUCAGCGCAAGCUCUUAGGGUCUGCAGUAGACGCUGGCUCCAGCGAUCGCCAGUGUUUCCGAUUUGCUCAGGCCGACCCGGACAUCUUCGACUUGGCAUCGCGCAGGAUACCUGUCGACCACCAGAAGGAGAUCGUAGAGGGUUACUUCGAAGAGGCGCUCGCCCGCGGAAGGGCCGCAGACGAGGUCGCAGACGAUUCUUGGGAGAUCCACAAGGGCGACGUGCGCAACAGAUAUCACUCCGAGCGCGGCAGUCUGACCAUUCAUCUGGUGGAAAAGGUGGAGGGCGCGAAGUGCACUGAAGAGGAGUUCGCAGAGUUCUACCAGCUCUACGACGCAAAGACGGACGACGGGGAGCCGAUGUUAGACACGGGAGACAUCAUGCGCUGCAUAGGCAAGCGCAAGAAGCGCCACGGUGAGUUCGCAGCCAAGGUCCGGGACAUGGGCGCGGCCACGCGAGCCCGAGGGCGGCGGCCGCAAAAGCUCAAGGUCGCGAUGCAAGAGUUCCUCGAGCAGCAGAAGGAUGAGCCGCAGAGCGCCACUCAGGACGAUGCUCGGCGCGCCGAGUUUGCCGCGCGCGCGGCGCCGCACACAGGGCGGUUGACCUUCAAGUCAGGCGCCGACGGGGCGGUCGAGCGCGUGCUCACGGAGGAGCAGAAGGCGCUGGUGCGAGAGAUGCAGAGUGAGAGAGCUUCGACGCUGGAGUACUUGUUCAGCCGGAACAACCUCUGCGCGUGUUUCGGGAUUGACGGUCACAAGUACCGGGCGCUGCUCGCGGCGGCCGGGGCCGACCCGCGCCAGGACCUGCAAAAGACGAGUGGCCUCGUCCUUGAGGAAGAGGCGGCGGACCGUUCGGGCGACCCGAGCGUCCAGUACGAGAAGAGUUGGCUGCGGUGGGCAAAGGAGCUCUCGCUGGAUAGCCCCAGCGUCGUGUGCUUCGCCUGCGGCGUCAAGGUCUCCAAGCACCACUGCAAGCGCGAGUGCCCGUCAGACCUCAUCGCACAGACCUUGCGCGAGGACGCCUCCGAGAUUAUCCCGCGCAUCUGCGAUUACUGCGUGCGGGCGGAGGAUCGCGGGGCGCGCGUCUCGCGGGAUGCCAUCGACACGGGGAACACUCCGGAGCCGCUUCGAGGACUCACUCGCCACGAGGAGCGAUUGCUCCAGCUGGUGGAGACGAACGUGGUCAUGGUGCACGCGCCCAAGGGCGGCACGGCGACGGCGAAGGGCGGGACCUUCGUUGCGCCGCUGGAAGCGCCGCGCGCCUGCGAGGUGCUCGGCGGCGCCAGCAUGGAGAUCACCGACGGCGUGCUCUGGCUCCGGCCGCGGGGCGUCCCGCCCGGCUGGGCAGUCCCCGCGCGCGCUCAGAAGCUCCUCGACGCGCUGAAGUGGCUCGCGAAGAAUAACGCAUACUAUCGCGAUUUCUCCGUGCUGGGCCAGGCAACGGCAGCCAUCAAGGCCCUCGAGACGAAGCUCGCUGAGAAGCUUGCUGACGAUCGCCAAGCGAUCGACCCGGAGGCCGAGGCGGCGGCGCAGGGCGCUUUCGAAGGAGACGCAACGUACUUCACCGCGGGCGGGCCCGCUCCGGUCGGCGCCGUUGUGGGAGACCUCCAGAAGAACCGGGAGUCGGCGGAGAUUCGCCCGUUGACGGAGGCGCUGGCGUUCCCGACGCUGUUCCCGGGGGGCGAGGGCUCCUGCCCCGAAGAGCUUCGCUUCAGCAGCUACGCGUGGCGCCGCCUGCUGGACUGCAAGACAAAGUUCCAGGAGAAUCCGGAUUACACCUUCUACCAGCUCGAGACGUGGUUCCGGAAGAGCUUGAGCAGCGCGACGUCCGUGUUCGUGGGGAAGCGCGAGGUGCCGGGUCGGGAAGCGGCGGAGCGCAGAGCAUACGCCGUGCAAGGUAAAGUGCCCGGCACGACCGCGUUCCUGGGCCAGAAGCGCACCCAUUGCGUCCAGAUGAUGCGCCAGCUCGGGCGCCCUGAUUUCUUCCUCACGCUCACGAGCCACGAGCGCCAGCCGCACAUGCUCGCAGCGUGCGUAAAGGCGCAGCUCUACAACGACAGCCCCGGCCUGCCGCUUGAUCGUGUGGAGAAGACUGUCGCCGCGCAGGUGCUGGCGUACACGAACGACCCAGAGCACAAGUGGGAUGGCAGCCCGCAGUGCGACGAGAAGAUCAAGGGCACGAAUGACGCGGCCGCGGCGUGCGAGAGCGUCUCGGAGACCAGGCGAACUGGGAUGACAGCUCUUCAACUGUGCCAGAAGUUCCCUGCAGACGUCGAGCGCGAGUGGAACCGGCAGUUGGAAAGAUUUCUCAGCUGGAUCACCGAGGCGCGGAAGACAAAGGGAGAGAGCUGCCCGCCGUUUCCAAAGCCGACUCUGCUUCGCGGCACGGAGGCGGCGGACGGUGGCGAAGCGCCCACGGGCGCCGAGGAUGUCGGAUACAUGGAUCUGCUCCAGGGCGACGUCAAGUGGGAUUGCUGGGACGACAACCUGGACGAAGCGCCCCCCUUCGUCGCGCAAGACUUCGUCAGCCGCGUGGAAUGGCAGAAGCGGGGCUUCCCCCAUGCGCACAUGCUGCUGUGGGUGGGCGACUGGGGGGCCGAGCGCGACGCUCGGCUCGCCGCGGAAGAGGUCGCGCAGCCGCACCCGGACGCGGCCCCGCCCGUGGCCGGUGACUCCAUCUGGCGCGUGAGCAAGGAGCAGUUGGAUCAGCUCCUCUCCGGGAAGGCCAGCGCGGUCGUGAGGCCGCGCGGGCUGAAGGACGCAGGGCGCAAGUGGUUGGCGUGCACUGCGGACGCGGGCGCCCAGAUCGUCGCGGUGGCGCACGUGGCAGGCGCCCGGCAGGUCAUGUCGCAGGACGAGUGGCGCCAGAAGAGUAAGGAGCACGGGAUGAGCCGGCGGACGUGCCUCUACAGGAAGACGUUCCUCGUGCACGUGCGCAUGGUGCAGCAGCUGGCAGAGGCGGUGCCGUACGCCGACCCUGGUGCGCGCGCCUGCGGUGAUCAUGUAUUUCGCCCCACGGACGCAGGGCCGCCGACGGACAGGGUUCUCCUGUUGCCCCCGCCGCGCCGAUACCUUCCCGACUGCGUGAAGGUCAACUGUAUCUGGGACAUCGACGCGGCGCACAUGGACGUCUUGGCGUCUGGCUCCUCCACCGUCGUCGCGCGCCCCGUCGGCGUCGUCGGCGAGGAGCGGAAGUGGCUGGCGCGCGCCGUAGAUUCUGGCGCCCAGAUCGCGGGCUGGACAUCCGCAUCGGUAAACCGAGAGGUGCCGUCCGAGGAGGAGUGGGUCGCCGCCCGAGAGACCUACGGCCUCGUCGAGGACGCCCUCCCCUUCGCGCCGACGUUCCUCGUGGAGCUGCGAGCGCUGCAGCUGUUCGCCAAGCCCGUCGACUACGCGCCACCGCGCGCGGGCUCUGGAGUCGGCGGAGCCCCGCCGCCGCCGCAGCCGCACACGGAACCUCGCGGCGGUGGCGAAGCGGCAGAGCGCGGCGGCGAAGAGACAGAGGGCGAGCCGCCUGCAACCCCAAAGCGCCCCGCGGCAGAUUGGCUUGACGGGGCGGCUUCGGAGACGGACGACGAGCUCCUGGGCCCGUCGAAGGUGGACAACGUCGCCAGUAUCUACGACGUCUAUACGCGGACGACGGGGCCGAAGAGGUGGCGUGCAGUCUAUCGUGACGGGGUGAUGACGCUGCUCACGAAGUCGCUGAUGCACAAGCACGGACCAUACUGCGGGAAGUACUCGCUCGGACGCUGCCGCUUCGGGUUCCCGCAGCAGCCGGUGGAGAAGAGCCGAAAGAAGAGUCAGCGAGAGCUCUGGAACAACGGCUCCAAGAACAAGUACUUCGUGCGGCGCCGCAGCGGCGACACGAUGAUGGGCCUGUACAACCCCCGGAUAUUGCGCCGGUGGCGCGGUUCCAUGGACCUCCAGGUCGUCGAGAACUUGCAUGCGGUGGCUCGGUACAUUCUGGGCUAUUGCUUGAAGAACGACACCGCGAAGGACGCCGUGGGCAAGCUCAACCAGGAGAUCGCGAGGGUGCCGGCGACCGGGCCUGUGACGAGCAAGCAAGUGUACCGCCUCGCUUACAUCGGCACUCAGGGCCGCGUGACCUCCACGUUCGAAGCGUGCCACCACCUCCUCGGACUUCCCGUGGUGCGCAUCUCAAGGGAGUUCCAGUGGGUCCAUGCCGGCAUGCCCGAGUCUUACUCGGCCUACGUGCCGCGGCACCUCUGGCGCCAGGCCAUCGCGAACCCGGAGAACGCGCCCGAGCCCACGGCGCCCGCAGUGAUCCGCCGUUAUGCGGAGUGGCGCGCGGGGAAGGUCGCCGUCUUCGACGACACUGGGGAGCAGGUUCCGCUUCUCGUGGAAGGCAGGGCCGCCGAGAACUACGAGUGGGUGAGCCCUCGCGAAGUGACGCUGUUCGACUUCGUGGCGUCCUACUCGACGUCGUACAAUUCCGACCCCAAGCUGAGAGCGCAGCCAGCAAUCGUGUCCACGAAGGCUUUCGACCCCGAGCGCGAGACGGAGGCGCACUAUUACUCCAAGCUCCUCCUGCACUACCCGUGGGCCGAUUUCGAUGAGGACGACGGGCCGGAGUGGCUGGUUCCCUCGGACGACGGCAGUCACCAGAGUGCUUUCGUCCGCCUGUCGAAGGCCAGCAAUGAAGGAGAGCACGGCGACGAAGCGGAGGCGCCGCCAGCGGACGCCCCAGCGCGCGAGGAAGAGGCGGAGCUCCCUGCGCCCGACUUCUUCCUGAAGUCCACGGUCUUCCCGAAGCUGAACAUCGCGGAGGCCGCGUGGCGGGAGCUGAAGCGGCUCAAUUGCGCCCUCGUCAUGCGGUCCGCCAUGCAGACGCCAGGGGCUGCGGAGGACUGGGAGAACCACCGGGAACUGCUGCGCCGCCUCCGCCUUGCCGCUGGCCGCCCCGACGAGGAGCUGGCGGGCGCCGCGCCGCACGCCAUUAGCGCCUUCGGACCAGUGGCCGGCGGCGACGAGGCCGUGCAGUUGCUCUUCGGCCCCGACGCGCAGAAGUCCAAGCAGCAAGACAUCGUCUACUGGUUCCUGGAGCAGGUGCGCCAGGGCAAUCGCGCCCCCGCGCGCGUCCUUCUCCACGGUCCCGGCGGAUGCGGGAAGUCCGUGGUCGUCCGCGCCGUCGCGCGCCUCUUGCGGACGGAGGGGCACGGCGUCGCGCUUGCGGCGCCGACGGGGUGCGCUGCCUUCCUGAUCAACGGCUGCACCCUGCACUCCUGCCUCCACUUGCCAGUUGAGAACAAGUCCUUCGGCUACGCCUCGGACGCGCCGCCCCCUUCCGGGCCCGCGCUGGAGCACCUGAUCGAGUUCUGGAAGCCUGUCCGCGUGCUGGUGAUCGACGAGAUCUCCAUGGUCUCCGCGGAGAUGCUCGCUCGGAUCGACGCGCGGCUGCAGAUCUACAAGCGCCAGCCGGGAGUGCCAUUCGGCGGCCUUCACCUGCUCCUCUGUGGGGACCUCUACCAGCUUCCUCCCCCGAAGGGCCAGCCCGCGUACGCGGCUGUCCAGCUGUGGAAGAUGUUCCUGCUCUGUGAGCUCGAGGGGAAUCACCGAGCGGCGCGGGACCCCGCUUACGCCGCUCUGCUGGAGAGAGUCCGGAAAGGCCUGCACACCGAGGCCGACCUCGCGACGCUUCGGACCAGACUGCGCAAGCCACCCGCGGACAGCCGCGCGCCGCACCUACUGGCGACCCGGAAGGCUGUCCGUCAGGUGAACGAGGAGAUGCUCGAGCGACACGCGGAGACGCACGGCUUCGAGGUGCGCGCCGCGCCCGCGCAGGACACGUCGCACCGCACGGGGCUCCCGGUGGAGGUCGACACGGGCUACGACAAUCCCGAGGACACCGGCGGCCUCGAGUCAGACGCGCGGUUCGCCAUCGGGGCCAAGGUCAUGCUCCGUCGGAAUUUAGACAUCAGCGACGGGCUCGUCAACGGCGCCCGCGGCAUGGUGACGGACAUCAAGCUCGCGCGGGACUCUGGCGAGGUGCUGAAGGUGCGCGUGGAGUUCGAGCGCGGCGG